CCUGCUGGCAGCACUUUCCCACCACUUUCCCACCAGCCUCUCCCAGUUAAACCAGUGUGACCGAAGACAUCAGAGAAGAAAUACGUCUGUGCUCCACAAAGGAUAAAAGAAGGCUGAUAUGGACUUCAGACUUUGAAGCCUAAAUUAGCAUAAAGUUCAUGAUGACUCUCCGUUGCAGAUUCACCUUAAUUCUCCUGGGCGUCCUGCAGGGGGCAGCAGUGGUGCUGUUUUAUGACUGGUACACCAGGAUCAGUCCCCGUCACUCUCCUCCCCCUGAAGGCCGCAAGGUUCACGUUUUGCUGCUGUCGUCAUGGAGAUCUGGUUCGUCCUUCCUGGGUCAGGUGUUCAGUCAGCACCCGUCUGUUUUCUACCUCAUGGAGCCCGCGUGGCACGUGUGGACUAGAAAUCAUAAAUCCGGUGCAAAGAGUCUCCGAGUGCCUGUGAGGGAAAUGCUGUGGGGUUUAUACAAGUGCGACUUCUCACUGAUCAGAGACUACCUGCCAGGAAACCCUCAUCUGUCCUCCCUUUUCAUGUGGACCCGGAGUCAGGCGCUGUGCUCGCCGCCGGCCUGUCCCGUCAGAUCAGCCAAUGAGAGUCAGUGCAACCAAGCGUGUCACUCUGCAAGCCUGGACAAAGCGCAGGACGCCUGCGCUACAUACACUCAUGUGGUUUUAAAAGAAACUCGCUUCUUUGAGAUGGAGUCCCUUCAUCCCCUUCUGCAGGACCCCAACCUGGACCUCCGAGUGGUUCAUCUGGUCCGGGACCCUCGGGCGGUGCUGCGGUCCAGGGAGGAGUCGGCCUACCUUCUCGACAGAGACAGCGUUAUAGUUCUGGAGCACAGAAACGUGUCUGCGGCCGACAGGCAAUAUGAAGUCAUACGAGAAAUCUGCCGCAGUCACCUGGACAUUUAUGAGAGGGGGGUCUUCGGCCUGCCUCCGUUUCUGGAGGGUCGCUACAAACUGGUUCGCUACGAAGACGUGGCACGAAACCCACUAACAGAGUUGAAUAGUAUUUAUGAGUUUGCAGGCUUAAGGAUGACCUCUGAGGUGGAGGAAUGGAUCCAAAAGAUGACGCAUGGACGAGGGAAAGGCGGCGGGAACGUAGCUUUUAAAAUCACCUCCAGGAACGCAGCUGAAGUGUCACAGGCUUGGCGCACCGUGCUGCAGCACAGCAAGGUCCAGCGCAUUCAGGAGCUGUGCAAAGGCGCCAUGUUGCUGCUCGGCUACAGGACGGUGGACAGCGAACAAGAACAGAAGAGACUCGAUAUCGACCUGUUAGACCCUGGGCAUCCAUAAAGAGUUCAGCUUCGAAGUUAGACCCAAAAAAAGUAGCGGUGCAGCGAUUUACUGGUGCCGAUUCCCUUAAUUUUGCAUGUUUGGAUUAUUGGUUUUCUAAUUAAUUAUAUCCGUGUAGAAUUAUAAAUCACAUUAUAAACAAAAAUAGUGAAGUCAAGAAGACUAACAACUUACUUGCAGCUUUGGUUUCUAUCCUGCUUUGAACCGGGACACACAAUGGCUUCAAAUUGAUAUUUUAAAUACAGCAGCUGCUCUGUGUGGAAAUUGGUAAUUAGAUAAUUUACAUUCUGGCGCCACCUGCUGGUAAAAUUAGUUUUCCAAAGUGAGACCCUAGAGCUGUUUUGCAUGCUUAGUUUGUAGGUGUGCAGGUAAAAAGAAAUGUACAAUUUGUUUCUGUAUUUCUUUUAUUUAUUUAUAUUCUUUUGGACCCUCAUGAUGAUUUUGGCCCAAGUGACAAAAAGUUUGGAAACCAGAGCCACAUACAAAUCCACAAUUAUUGUAAUGAUGGUUAAUAACAAGUAUGGUAAAAAUAAUAAUCACAACUAGCUACUAUUACAGUAGCACCUGUGAGUGAAGAAUGGCCAAAAAUGACUAAUAAUGAUGUUUUAAAAACAUCAUGUUAUUAGUAACUUGAUGUUUGACAUUAUGAACAAAAUAUGUCUUAAAAAAUAUCCAUCAAAAAUAAAUCUACCAAUGAUUUACCAAAAACAAAAACAGAUCUUUGGUGCUCGAUUAUUUAUUAUUUUUUGGUGAAGGGUUUCUAUGGAAGUUUUAAAAGGAUAACAUUCAAAACCUCUAUUUUUCCUUAAAAAGUUUUAAAUAUAUACAUUUUUUUCCAUAAUGGUCCCAAAUUACCUUUAGGUACAGUAUAAAUUUGUGAUUUUGUUCUUUAUUGUGCCUUUUGUUGACUAUUUUUCUUGGAUUUCUAUUUUAUUAUUUGCUUAUUAAUUCACUCAGUGGUUUCAUUGGUUUUCCUGUGAGUAGAUCUGUGCGUCCUGGACUUUGACCCUCCUCUGUGAAUCCCUAAAAUAUUGCUGACUUUGAAAUAAGGAAGUAAAGUCAAAAUGUUCUUUUCCACUUAUUAAUUCAAUUAUUUAGUUAUUUAUGUUGAAUAAUUUCGAUUUUGGUAAAUGUUAUGCCCUUGAUACAGUUUUCACUCCAGUAAAACCACAUUAAAUGUUGUAUUGUUGGAGGUUUAGCUGUCAUACAACGUAUGACACUCAACUCUGUGCAGCUGAAAGCCUAAGAAAAGGUUUAAUCCUAAUUCUGUAAAGUCC